UAGUUGUACUAUUAGACCGAAGACCGGAGCGGUAGUACCAGGACAUACAUCUCUUCGUUCCAGCUGUGUAUUCGCGUUUUAACCGCCGCCGCGAAUGGACGUGAAGCUGUACCGCGUGACGUCACGAACCGUUUCACUUUUACCUUCUUUUUAGUGUGUAACAAAGUGACCGUGAACCGAGUACAAACGGGGUGAGAAGCGAUAUUUGCAAAUUAAGGUUAAAUUAUAAAGUGAAAUGGUGAAAGCAUGGAGGACGAUACUCGGUGUGGUUACAGUUGUUCACAUUAGCGCGGUGAUCUGCCUCGAAAAUGGGUUGGCGAGGACACCGCCCAUGGGCUGGUUGGCGUGGGAACGGUUCAGGUGUAACACGGAUUGCAAAAACGACCCUGACAACUGUAUUAGUGAGAACCUCUUCAGGACAAUGGCGGAUAUUUUAGUGACCGAAGGUUACGCGAAUGUGGGUUACGAAUACAUAAACGUGGACGACUGCUGGCUGGAGAAAGAAAGAAACCAAUACGGUGAACUAGUACCUGAUAGAACCAGAUUCCCUAGAGGAAUGAAAGCUUUAGCCGAUUAUGUACAUUCCAAAGGUCUCAAGUUCGGAAUCUACGAGGAUUUCGGCAACUACACUUGCGCCGGCUACCCCGGCGUGAUCGGAUCUCUGCAACAGGACGCCGACACGUUCGCGUCCUGGGACGUGGACUACGUCAAGCUGGACGGAUGCUACGCUCACCCCAGCGAGAUGGACAGAGGUUAUCCGGAGUUCGGAUUCUACCUGAACAGAACGGGCAGGCCGAUGAUAUAUUCGUGCAGUUGGCCCGUAUACCAAAUUUACGCAGGUAUGUCACCGAAUUUUUCGUCGAUUAUUCAACAUUGCAACAUGUGGAGGAAUUUCGAUGACAUCCAAGACUCUUGGGCUAGCGUAGAAAGCAUUAUUGAUUAUUAUGGAAAUAAUCAAGACGUGAUAGUUCCCAAUGCUGGACCAGGACACUGGAAUGAUCCAGAUAUGUUAAUAAUAGGUAAUUUUGGACUUAGCUACGAACAGAGCAAGACCCAAAUGGCUAUAUGGGCUAUAUUAGCCGCGCCUCUACUUAUGUCAGUCGACUUAAGGACAAUCAGGCCAGAGUACAAAUCUAUAUUACAAAAUAAGAAAAUAAUAGCUGUGGACCAGGAUCCUCUGGGUAUUCAAGGAAGGAGAAUAUAUAAACACAAGGGUAUUGAAAUAUGGUCUCGACCUAUAACUCCAAUCUUUCAAAAUUACUUCUCAUAUGCCAUAGCCUUUGUAAAUAGGCGUACAGAUGGUACUCCGUCGGAUGUAGCUGUAACGCUCAAAGAGUUAGGACUCACUUCACCUACUGGAUAUCGAGUUGAAGACUUGUAUGAAGAUGUGGAUUACGAAAUUUUAUCACCCCAAACAAAAAUUAAAGUGAAAGUUAAUCCAUCAGGAGUGGUGAUUCUAAGAGCGGAUGUUCAAUCAGACUAUGACAGGAGAGCAACCUACUACACAACACAAAGAACUGCAUACAGUCCCCUGAACCAAGUAUUUAGAAUUAGGAAUAACGGAUUUUAAAUACCUUUCUCAUUGUGUCUAAAUAAAUUAUUUUGUAGUAUAAGUUUGUAUAUUUUUAAAUACAGUUAAGUCGGUUUUCUA